AUGGUCUCACGUCCGUAUGCCCACCCCGCGUCGGAGCCCACCACAGACCACGAUCAACUAACCAAGCCACGGAAACAGGCGCGUUUAGCCCACUUUAUCCUCGACCGACACAUAGACCACAUGAUAGGCCGCCACUUUGUCAUUGACGACAUGCUCUGGUGCGUGAAUUAUCAUUCAGACAACCUGUCUCUUCAAAAUGGUCUGCGCGCAGACCCAGAAAGCUACGAUCAUGAUCUUGCAGCACUAGCGUCGAAAACCAACGCCCCAAUCGGAGUUUCUGUGACUCGUCUUGUAUGCAAGGCUAGUGCCAUUAUCGGCCGCAUUGUUACAUACUGUUAA